AUGAAGUGGAGUGACUGCAGAUCUGCAAGUUUUGAGAAAGCUACGGGAUUUCAUCCGUUGACACCAUUUAUUGUCAUUGUGCAGUCCUGA